AUGGGAAAUAUCAACAAGACAUCUAGAAAAAACAGUGCAAAGAGUAAGGGGAUGUCGCCUGUAGAGCAAAGUGGGUCCCCAAUGGCUACAGCCAUGCUCGGGGGCCAGGGGGAUGCAGGCGAAAUGGACACAGAAGAAGACGAGGAAAGAGGAAGCGAGCCGGAGUUCGAUGAGCCGCUCUGCGCUCUGGUUAAAAACUGCAACAUGUUGCACAACAUAGUGGGGCCUGCGUGUGUCUUCCUCAAGCAGGGCUUUGCACAGAGCCAGCUCGACCGGGAUUUACGGCCUGAAGAAAUGGAAGAGCUGCGUGAGGCUUUCAGAGAGUUUGACAAAGACAAGGAUGGCUUUAUCAGUUGUAAGGACCUUGGCGAGUGCAUGCGAACUAUGGGAUACAUGCCAACAGAAAUGGAACUUAUCGAGCUCAGCCAGCAGAUCUGUGGAGGCAGAGUAGACUUUGAAGACUUUGUGGAAUUAAUGGGUCCAAAAAUGCUGGCCGAGACUGCAGACAUGAUUGGAGUCAAAGAGCUGAGAGAUGCCUUUAAAGAAUUUGACUCGGAUGGGGAUGGCCAGAUCAGCCUCAGUGAGCUGAGAGAAGCCAUGAAGAAGCUGAUGGGAGAGCAGCUCAAUCACCGUGAGAUUGAUGAAAUCCUGCGUGAUGUGGACCUCAAUGGGGACGGAGAGGUGGACUUUGAAGAGUUUGUGCGAAUGAUGUCUCGCUGA